GCCCCUAUUGGCAGCCUUUCGCGCAUCUGUCGGAACGACAAAACCGAUCGUGCAUUAAAAACUUGUGUGUUUGUGUGUGUUGUAGCCCUGGUUGGGACUAGCACGCGGAAUAGGAAUCCCCUAGGACCUCAGGAUUCGGGGUAAUGAGAUUACCCUCUGCAGGACCUGAGAACGAAGCGAAGCUUUGAGACACCUACACCUGUAUACAACAAACAGGCGAGAUACAAGAGUGCUUUAUCCACGGUGGAAACCCACGACGAUCGAGGCGAAACCUACGCCUAAAAAGCAGCGGAAACACCUUCCAUUUACCAUUUACCCCCCCGCGAACUAUCAUGAAACAAUGCAAACAGUGCAACCACAGUGGAACGGAACACGAUCACACUAAACAUGGUUGUCAGGGCCGAAGAUCAUCACUACAGCACCGGCCAUCAGUCUCGAUAACAGCGAGCAACACCACAGCAACAACAACAACCAGCACCACCAGCACCACCUCUUCGACGAUGAAAACGGUCCCGGGCAACACGGCCACAACCGCCACCAAAUCCUCGACAACCACCAGCAGCAGCAGCAGUUCGUCGAGGGAUGGCAAAGAGACCGAGAUGAAGCUCGAUGUCCGGGCCGCGAGCGAGCUGAAACCUGCGAAAGGCCAACCACCGUACCACCAUCACCACUAUCCGUACGGCCAUCAUCACCAUCCGCUGGUGACGGCGGCAGCGGCAGCGGCCGCAGCAGCCGGUGCUGGCAAGCUGGUGCCUGGCGGCAAGCUGGUCGGUCCAGGGGUGGACUCGUUCUCGGCCCUGCAGCUACUACCGCCGCACCUACGGGAUGUGGUUCUGGCGGCGCAUCUUCUACGAGGUAAGCAUCAUGCGCGAGUAUUAUCAUCAUCAUCUACGAGAUGCGGUGGCAACCACCACCGCGCCCCGGUGUGCGGCCGAUGGCCGAUUGCGCUACGGCACAGGCCUCAGGAUGCCUCAUUAGACGCGACGCAACAAAUCAACUUUAUCAACUCGACCACCACCACAACGGUUCGCUUUUUCUUCGUCGACUAAGACGAGAGAAAAGUCUCUUUCCAUGUUGUAGCGACUGCUGCUGAGAAGCUUAUGGGAAUGGUGGGAAGGUUCGGAGGGGGACUACGGUAGUACGGUAGGCCUACGGGAUAGUCGGCGUGGCGGUAUUUUGUUUUUCCUCUUCUACCUUAUACUAUUCCUUCCUUCUUCUUCUUCUUGUUUUCUAGCUUCCAAGCUAUGAUUAAUUCGAAAACUACUUUCACAACUCCGCCAUCAUUAUGACGAGGGCCAAUCCUUUCGGGCAGCGAGCACGCGUUCAGCUACAGGAGGGGAGGCCUCCAUGGCAAGAGGUCGUGGCAAAGGCGUGUAGCGUAAAUCGCAACGGGAGCACCGGAGAUGAUCUUGCUAAGCUCCUGCCUGAAUUGAAUACCACUCUCGAUGCCCUCGCUCCUAGUGCAGCGAUAAGAUGGCCUCAAGAGUUCGCUAAAUUGUAGUGACUUCAACGGGGAGGGGAGUCCGUUCCUUAAUGUUUGCCGCAUGAAAUAUCGUAUGUUACGUGUUGCUCACUGCGGGGGUUACGUAAAAUCAGGAGAUGAAUGUAACCUGUCUAAUGGGCAAGCUUUACGAUCGCUUUUGUUACCCGGACCUUAUCUGAAUGUUCGGUGAAUCAAUAACGAACGAUUGCUUUCGAUCAAUGGUAGCGGGGCUACCGGGCAGUCACGCUAAUAGAAAGAUACUUUACAACCGAUUAUGGAAAAUUAUAAUGCAUCAGUGUAAUGGCGAAACUGUGUUGUGUUCAUUGCUUGGCUUCAUUCAGUGAUGAAUCUGAACCGCAUGCCACUUACUUUGCAUACACUACUUCUCACUCUCCGUAGCGGGUACAAAUGAUGUUGUAAUCUCGAUAGAGUGUCAAGAAUCGUUUAGUGUAUUCUUCUAAUGUGUGCAACUUUACAGCUUUACGCCGCGGCCUUUCUUCGAAUAAGCAGACAGACGACGUAGCUCUUGGCUAGGCAACGACGACGACGACAAGUCUAUUCUGAGAAUCGCUCCAAGCACUUCUAGACGCUUCUCACCGUCAACCUUACGGCUAGUGGUGGUCGGCUGUUGUGCCUGUAGGCGCCAGAAUCAAAAACCAGAAUCUGCUGCAAACCAUCCUCUCCAGCCUCUUCACAACCAACCUACCGCCCCGGUCGCUCUGGCCGUCCGGUGCGGAUUGGCGUUUCGCUUUAUUGCAGUGGAAUAUUAUUAUCAUUACAGCGGUGAGCGGGCUGGCAUUAUUAUUACCAUUGCUUGUAUUAUCGUUAUUAUUAUGCUCCAUAAAAAAGAAGUGACUUCGAAAGGAAGGAAAAACAGAGGCAGAGGAGGCAAUGGGAAGGACACAUAGCUGUGUGAUGGUGAGACACGGUGAUCGGGGAGAUCUACACUCGAACGAAUGCGCCACAGCGUUGCUUGCCAGCCCAUGCCAGGCCAGGCGUCUCUUCUGGUGCAGGUGGUUAUGGGAAGAGAAAGUACGGUGCAGGGUUGCAGCAGCAGCGCACUAGCUGCUGCACUGUACACGCUCUAGGUUCUGCCUGACCUGGCCGAAAGGAAAGCGUUGGCAGUGUUCAGCGAACAAGCACAACACUGCUGCUGCUGCUGCUGCUGCUGCAUCUCAAGUGCACCGACGAUGACGUUCGCUCGCGCCACCAAUGCACCGGGUAGGAGACGGUAGAGGAACACGGUGAGAGAGGGUGCCCGUAAAGGCAAAAGCCGUAAAGAUACAGGAAACGGCGGAGGUCGCCAUGGUGUGGUUGACUGGCGAUGGGUCCCCGCUCCUUGCGCUUCGUGCGCCGCCACCGAUUCCUUCGGCGGGCUGUGGCGAGUGUUCAGUGAUGCGCGCGGACCUUGCGCUUACGAUAUGCUGUUGCACACCAUCACUACGCCGGUGUGCGAUCCGAGCAGCCGCUGCCGCUCUACACCGCAGCCACUGCAGCAGGCACUGGCAGCAGCAGCAACAGCAAGCAAUGCUCAUUACAUGCAUUUUCAAUUUAGCCAAUUUCACGCGCCACGGCUACAAGUUGAUGUGUUGUAUAGUCUUUUCUUCGCUCCUUUUUUAUUCCCUGGUACGGCCAUUUAUAUAUAUAUAUUUUUUAUCAUCAUCAUCAUCAUCAUCACCACCAUCACCAUCACCAACGGGGUCGUUGUGUUCCGGCGACGAAACGAAGACACGGGGUUACACAUCGACGACAACAUAUUUGACCACAGUUGGGCGCACUUUUUGUCCCGGGCUCGGCUGUUGUUUCGGCUGCGCACCUUCUUGCUGCACACAAGCACAAACGCGUGUGCAGCAGCUUUCGUUUGGUUGCCAGGCCAACCACCUAAGGUAAUAAACAGAUUGAUUUGCCACCCUUUAUGCGGGUCGUCCAUCGCCAACGGUGUGGUGCCUGUAGCCCCGGGAUCCAAGUUCCGGUUUUUCCUACCUCGAGGGGACUGCUGCGGCGGCUGCUGCUGCUGCUGCUUGUGUUUGACAAAUUUGAGCAAACGAGGCUGCUUUCGUCAUGGAACCGGACUCCGAACCACCCCAAGAUGGGUUGUGUUUCUCGAUGGGCCGUUUUGUGUGUUCCGCAUUCGUUCAUGCUAAAUUGCCUUUUAAGACAGGAUUCGACGCGCGCGCUCGCCGGUGAAAGGUAAUCAAGCGUAAGUAGGCGCAGGGGUGGAGAGAGGGGUUUUCGCUGAAGCCCAAGCGACGCGAUACUGGCUGUGCUGCUCAUUUUUUUUCCCUCCGUUUUCAGGCACCGGGGAAGAUGGGUGUCAAGAUGAUCGAUGCAAAUUAGUUGGCACCUUUUCGAUGUAGUCCCACCAUCCCUCAGGGGCAUCUUAACUCAUCGUUUCGGUUCGGUUCGGUUUGGGACGGUAGGGACGCUCAAUUUUCAAUUUUAUCUCCGAUAAGUGAGCUGUGCUGCUGCAAAGUAAUCAUGAUGACUGCAGUCCUCUCACACGGACUCCUGAAACACGGUCGAGACAGCAAUUAGCUUGCAUUUAACAAUUAGCCAGCUCACGCUUACGAAUGAUUGAUUGAUUGGUUGGUUGGUUGGUUGGUUCGGCGGUUGGAUCGGAUGAUUGCGCCCGGUUGGUAAUCAACAUUCCUUCGUUUCUCCUUCGAAAUGUAAUUGUCCAAAAGUGGUUCAAAAGCGUGCCGAACUCUUCGGUGAGCGAACUUGAGUUGAACGAGACCCAAGCCCGAAGCCUACAUGGAUGUGACAUUUUCGUUCCCUUUGCUGUACGCGAACGGUAUUUCGAAUAGGCGGCGAUACGUUGCAUAACAACGUCGUCGUGGUGUCUUGUGGCAUGUCGCUGUGGCGCACCACCACUCGAGCAUACGGCAGAAAUCUGGUUUUCUAGUUCGCGCGAUAAAGUAGGAUUGAUUGGAUGACAAACAAAGCAUUAAAAUGGAAAAUAUCGUCCCAUUCACCAACCCUUUGGUGGAAGGCCAAGGGGGAGGUUUAGCUGCAUCAAAGAGUUCACUUAAGACUUAGCGCGCGCCCAAUAUGAGAUGGUGUAUCUUGUGUUUGAGGUAGAGUAAGCUAAUCCCGUCGUUACUUACCUUGCUCGAUAGCUAACAGUACACAGUAGCAGUAACAGUGUCAGCCGCUGAGGCGACGACGACCACGACGAAGACAACGAAACAGAGCGAGCUCCACCUAUCUUGCUUACGCCAUCGCUCCAUGGGAACGGUUCCAAUCCCCGGUGAGGAUCGCUUCAAACUUGUUUGCUCAUUUAAUUUAUGUACUUUUCUCUUUGUGCAAUUUACAUAACCACCUGUAAGGAAGAGAAAGAGGUGAUGAAGAGCGUGAGGCCAAGCUUUUGGCAAGACCGCGUGCGAAAGUAGCGCGCUGCUACGCGCCAUUUCGGGUCUUUUGUUUUUGGGAAAACGAGGAGACUCCCUUUUCUCCUCGAUUCGAUGCAUCGUUGCCUAUUGCCUGCCGGUCGAAAUGUCACGUUGACAGCCGCGUCCUGACGAAGUCGCGGACUGUCGCUUCAUUGCGAGGUUGAAGGCCGCAGCACAGGGCACAGCAGCAGCCAGCCAGCAUGCGCCGAGAUGGUGGGUCGACGAUCACGAUCGCGUAAUCACCUGCGCCGCAGCGGACCGAUGGAUCAAUCCCGAAAAGCGGAGAAAAAGGGGGUCUGAAAAGUCAAAUGCACACUUUCACGUGCUUUCAGCGAGGAGGCCUCUUUCUGGUGGGGGGACUGCAAGUGUUGGGCUUAAGCGACGGCAGGCACCAGUCGAUGGAUUAUUGAGGCACGAGCGAACGAACGCGCCUCGCGAGAUAAGGUGUGAGAAAAAGAGAGAGAAAGCGCCAUCCAACCAACCGCUCGGAUACCGUCGGAUGUCGCGGUGUGGUCCGCGGUGUGGCGGUGACAAAAUUACAUAAAAGAGUGCCAAAGCGAUUGCCAAACACAUGCACCAGCCAGCCAGCCAACCAGCCAGCCAGCGAUGAGUUCCGUAUUCCGUCGCGGCUACAACGUCGAAAGCCCCGACCGCUCUACCCACCAAUCACUCCACGGUGUACGAAUGGCCACGGGGUGUCGGGGUAAACAGGCAAGCACAAGUGUUUGUCCACGGUUUAGCGAGCUUAAGCGUCGCCGGUGCGGUGUAUGCCAGCGGCUUUUCAUCUGGAUCCACAGCUCUCCGGGCCACACGCUUUAGCGGUGCCUGCUGGCUCCCAGGGGAUUACGGACCGAUACGGCAGAUGACAACAACAGACACUCCAACGUGUACGUGUGCGCGUGUGUGUGUACGUGCUUGUGUUUGAGCAUGAUUGUCGCGCUUUUACCAGCGCGCUCGCGACAGUCGUCAUCAUAACUUUAGCACAGCAUGAUGAGGGAUGCUGUGGGCAUGAUUUUUGGGAAAAUCAAAUCGACGGUGCAGAAGCUCUAAAGCGGAUUAUGUUUAAUUAACUCUUCUAAAUACUUUACCCGGGAUUGCAUAAUUCAACUGCUGUGAGACCUCGCGAGACCGUGAAAUUGUCCGUUUUACUGAUGAAUAAUGGCGUAACAGGAUAGCACGCGGGUGUUCUGGUGUUCAAGGAUUUGCAAUAUUGAUUAAAUUUGUUUAUAUUCUCUGUCGGUUUUUGGGGAGUUUUUUUGAGGAUUCAAUCAAAGAAGGCAUCAUUUUGUUAAUGCGAUGUUCAACUAAUGGGGUUAAUGGGGUGUUCCAAAUGUUACAUGGAAAAUCUUAGGUGACGCUUUUUUUAAAAUAAUUAGACGUCAAGCCAUUCUUGGAAGCGUCCAUGAACAAAGGUGUUAAAUGCUUAUUAUAAAUCGGUGCCGAAUAAUAUUGGCUAAAAAACUAUAUAGAUAAAGUUUGUUAGAUGUCUUUAGUUGGUUAAUGAAUACCAGUGUAUCGUAAACAUGUUAUAUUAAGUUUUUUUUUUAAUUUUUGACAACAUUCUGAAGAAAUCUUGUUUGUUGUGAUGACUGCGACUAUAAGCUGAUUUUAAUUAUGAUUCAUGAUAAAA